AUGUACAAGUCAGAUACAUGUUCGACUGAAUCUGCCACAAAUGCUUCUUCCUCGCAACAUCCUGAAAUAGAAACAACUUAUACGUCAAGCGACACAUCAACGAGGGUCGUAAAGAAGAAGAAGAGUAGCACAAAGGCAUUAGUGAAGCGUCUACUAGGUGUUGUGGCUGAGUUAUCAUCUAAAGUAGAUCGUGUAUUACAUGAAAAAGAUGAGCCAAACAAACGGUUUGUAGAGGAGGAGGAGGAGGAGAUGAUAAAUGAAGAGGAUGAAGAACCAUAUUACCAUGAUACACAGUUCGACUAUGGUGGUUUGGAGGAGAAAGUUGUGCCUACACCUACGCAUGGUGAGCCGUCACAAGACGUGGGUGAACAUGACACAAAAAUAGUGACUCCUAUUGGUAGGCCGCAACGAAAGAGGGUUGUUGCAUGGUAUCAGCGGACUCCGUUCACAGUGAUGCAAUCUACAGCAAAAUUGAAGAAAAUCAGCAAGACAAGGAAGAAAAAAAUAGAGGAGGGUCCUAAAAAAACAAAUGAGGACAUUGUCAAUGCAGAGAGUAGUGACGUUUCAAACCAUCUCUUGUUGGACAGUAUUUAUACUAAUAGUCCGAUGAGUUUUUGGAAAGAAUGGAGUGUGCUCUCUUCCAAACUCAUCACUAAACAUAGGCUGCAUAUUCUCCCACUAGAUAUGAAUUUUUGGUCGAGGUUACUUUCUGUUACUGACAAAGGGUGGUUACUUUCUUCGGUUCUAUUCGUAAUAAAUGUUAUUAGUGCCCAUUGGUUUAUGGCGGCGCUACAUUUAGAUACCUGGAAAGUAGAAAUUUAUGAUUCAGCACGAAUUGCGGGUUACUUCUCAAAGUACUUAACUGGUGGAUAAUUCACAAGUUUUGGAGAUAGUAUUAUCUCAGAGUUAGAUGUCAUUGAGUACUGGAACCAUUUCCCCGUUGGACACAAAGACAAAGCA